GCUAAGAAUCUUGAUGCUUCAUGUUUGGAGAAGAACAAAAUGAAUUCAGGCACUUCUUCUAUAAUUUGAAAUUUUCUUUUUCCUGAGGACGACGUAAAUGAUAUGAUGUUGCUCACUCAACAUGAGGAAACUGCAAAUCGUAGCUUCCUCCCAAUAGAUAGUCCAAAGUUGACCAUAAUCACAAACUGAUUGAUGUCAUUGAUCAUGAGUAGAGAAUUGAUGGAUCAUGAGGAUAUUAAUGCUCAAUCACAUGCAAUCACUACAUUUCUUUCUCUUCUUCCAUUGCCUCUUAGGUGCUUUUGAUACGACGCAGUAAAAGGGGUGAAGAUGCUGGAUCAACGCUCAACUAUGACGACGAGGAGAGACGCAUGAAGAUAAUCUACAGGUAGGUACUUAUACUUCUUAUUCUAUGCAUGUGAAUUAAUAAUAUUGUUGAUGACCACGUACUUACUUCUUAUUCUAUGCAUGUGAAUUAAUAAUAUUGUUGAUGACCACGUACAGAUGAACGUAGGUUUCGGGAAAUGAAAAAAAGAUACUUGUUCCUGCAAAAACUACAGGUGGAAGCAGACUGACGGUUGUUUUUCGUUUCGUCGAGGAAGAAGAUUCGUGGACGAUGUUAGUAGCACAUUCAUGAUGCACAGGAUGAGAAGACUGGGAGCAGACCUUCUUGUAGUUGUGGCACUAGCGAGAACAUUUUCCUCGAAGAGAAAGAAACUACACACAAUACAGUCUAUUCUAAGUAACUGCAUAGCCUUGCAUAGCCUCAUUUGAUGUUAUUUCUUAGAAAUCAUAGCAGGUAAUGCUCUUGUCAACAUCGUCGACAAGGGUUGUAGUACGUACAACUACUAGAAGAAAACAGGGGAGAAAUAGCACAUUCACAAAAAGCAUCAACAUCUCUUGUACCUGUCAUAUCAUCAGCAAAUGCGCGAUCAAAAAUUCUGACGUAUGAUCAUGACCAACGACGUAAUUAACUUGAAGAAUCUACAUCUACAUUAUAACUAUAGUCCAACUCCAACCUUCAACAUCAUUAUUUUCAAUUGCAUACACUUCCAUUUUGACAUGCCCGCCCCAAUUAUAAAGCCAGUCGAUUUCUCUCCCCUGGGAUGACAAAAAUGACACUUGAAGAUUCUAUAACUAUUCAGAAGAUCAUGCAGCUUUUAUUCAAUUAGAGACGAGGUGGCUGUAAAUGUAAUCUUAUUGCUGCUCUUGUUAGUACACAAUAUUCAUUACAUGAACUACAAUGACGCGAACAAGGUGAAGGUAAUGGCAUCCCUGACGGGAUCGAGGCCCUUAAACUUGAACUUGUUACUACACGAACUACAACGCGAAUGGGAUCCAUCAAUCUGUCCGUGCCUGUGGGUUAUCCUGGUCAGGACGAAGAUGAAUUUUUCAAACUUUGUAGUCAUUUUUGUAGUCACAGCCACCCGUUGAACAUCAGCUCUUCUUCUAGUCUACUUCUUAUACCUAGUGAUUUCUCCUAGUGAUUAUAAUACAAAUACAACUGUUGUAUGAAUAUUAUCAUUAUUGUAAUACAAAGACAACUGUUGUAUGAAUAUUAUCAAUAACUGGUAGUAGUAUACAUACAUAGAUAUAGAAGUACUUUUGUAGAUUCUUGUUCGAACGGUCGUGGUCCAAGUAGUGGUGGUACUCUUACUCAUCUACCUCUGCUACGACAUCCACGCUGACGCAUUGUUCGCUCGGCUCUUGAUUAGUCAAGAUACUGUAUGCAAGCAGGAAGCGGAUUCGUCAUCAUUCAGAAGCAGCAGGGAAGGAACUUCUGGUUGAGACCACGCAACAUACACGAACUGUCUCAGAUAUUAGCAGGAAGCAAGUAGUUAACGCACAAAACGACGAAAGGGCGUGGAUUCGUCCUCACUCGUGUAGGCGCGACUGCUGUGACACGGCCGCGAGAGCCUAGACGAGAGCCGCCGUCGCCCACUGAAAUGAAAUGAAAAAAUCUAGUCCCAUCUUCGAGGACGUCCUACAGUUGACGCUUAAGAAUGACUGCACUGACGCCUGGGUUGAGCCUAGGAGCUAAGGAUAGAGAGAACGACAACGAGUAGAGUGACUGGAACGAGAAAUUAUCCUUGUGCGAAGAAGUACAACCUUUAUUUUUGCUCAUGCU